AGUCAGUGGUUAGUUUCGUUCAUUUAGGGGUUUGCACAUUGCAGCUCGAUUAUACAGAGAAAUCGCCAAGGAGAGCUGAAGCCAAAUCGAGAGAAGAUGAGACGAUCCUUUGCGAUUGCUUCGAAAGCGAACAGAUCUGCUCAAUGGAAUCUUCUGGUGAGAGGUAAUCCUGGAACUGGGUUUAGUAGUCUUUGCGGUUUCCGUUGCUGGGUACGAGCUUUCUCUGGUGCUAGUUGUGAUUACAGAGAGAAGAUUAGAAAUGGGUUUCUAAAAGAUAUUAAGUUAGAUGAUGCAAUUGGUUUGUUCGGUGAGAUGGUAAAGUCUCGUCCUUUUCCUUCCAUUAUCGACUUCAGUAAAUUGUUGAGUGCUAUUGCUAAGAUGAAGAAGUUUGAUGUUGUCAUCUCUAUGGGAGAAGAGAUGCAAAAGUUGGGGAUUCGACAUGAUCUCUUUACAUACAAUAUUUUGAUAAACUGUUUCUGCCGCACCUCUGCGCUCCCUCUUGCUUUAGCUAUUCUUGGCAAGAUGAUGAAACUCGGGUUUGAGCCUAGCAUUGUCACGCUUUCUUCGCUUCUCAAUGGAUACUGUCACGGGAAUAAGAUUUCGGAUGCAAUAUCACUGCUUGAUCAAAUGGUGGAAUUGGGAUAUCAACCUAACACCAUCACGUUUACAACUCUGAUUCAUGGGCUUUUUCUCCACAACAAAGCUUCUCAAGCAGUGGAUUUAGUUGAUCGAAUGGUUGAGAAAGGAUGUCAACCAGAUCUGCUUACUUAUGGUGCGGUGAUAAAUGGGAUUUGUAAGAGAGGUGAUAUGGAUUUGGCUUUAAAUCUGCUCAAGAAGAUGGAAGCAGGGAAAUUAGAGCCAGAUGUUGUAAUCUACAGCACAACGAUCGAUGGUCUUUGCAAAUACAGAGAUGUAAAUGACGCACUCGACUUAUUCAAUGAAAUGGAGAACAAAGGAAUUAAGCCAAAUGUUUUUACCUACAGCUCCCUUAUAAGCUGCCUUUGUAAUUACGGAAGAUGGAGUGAUGCCUCUCGAUUACUCAGCGAUAUGAUUGAAAGGAAAAUCAACCCCAAUGUUGUCACCUUCAAUGCGUUGAUCGAUGCGUUUGUGAAAGAGGGAAAGCUUUUGGAGGCUGAGGAAUUAUACAAGGAGAUGAUCAGAAGGUCUAUAUAUCCUAAUAGUUUCACGUACAAUGCAUUGAUCAACGGGUUUUGCAUGCAUGAUCGUCUAGAGGAGGCCAAGGAGAUGUUUGAUUCGAUGGUUAGCAGAGGUAUUCUCCCGAAUGUAGUGACCUAUAGUACUCUCAUAAAUGGAUUAUGCAAGUCUAAGAGAGUAGAAGAUGGUAUGGAACUCUUCAGGGAGAUGUCUCUAAGAGGAAUUGUCGGUGACACAAUCACGUAUACCACUCUUAUCCAAGGGUAUUUCCAAGCUGGCGAUUGUGAUAAUGCCCAAGAAUUAUUCAAACAGAUGGUUUCUGAUGGUGUGCCUCGUGAUAUUGUGACAUACAGCAAUUUGCUACAUGGGCUUUGUAACAACGAGAAACUAGAGAAAGCAUUGGUCAUAUUUCAGGAUAUGCAGAAGAGUGGAAUCAAACUUAGUAUUGUUACAUAUAACAUCAUCAUUGAAGGAAUGUGCAAAGCUGGUAAGGUGGAAAAUGCGUGGGAUUUGUUUUGCAGCCUCAACCUUAAAGGAGUGAAGCCUGAUGUUGUAACCUACAAUACAAUGAUCUCGGGAUUUUGUAGGAAAGGCUUAAAGAAGGAUGCAUAUGCCUUAUUCAGUAAAAUGAAAGAAGACGGGCCUAUCCCAAAUAGCGGUCCAUAUAAUACGCUGAUAAGGGCAUAUCUUAGAGAUGGUGACGAAGUAACAUCAGUCGAACUCAUCAAUGAAAUGAGGAGUUGUGGGUUCUGUGGAGAUGCUUCAACAAUAAGUUUGGUCACUAAUAUGUUGCAUGAUGGGAGAUUAGACAAAAGCUUUCUGAAGAUGCUUUCUUAAAAUAAAGCUUAUCCUCGAGAGAAUUGUCGAGCAACCUUGUUCCCUUGAAGGCAGCAUCUGUGAAGAGAAUUAACUUUUGAUGUUAGCUUUUCUAUUGGUUACUUUUCUAUUGCAAAAAUUUCAGCGUUCAGACUCACAGAAGCAGCUCAUUUUUACAAAAAAGUUUCGGAUUUUUAAAACUUAUGCAAAAAGACAACAAAAGUUCCAGUUUUUGAAGUCAUGUUCUUUAAAUUCCCAAUU